AUCAACCAAAGGAAAUAAAAGGCUUCAUGCAUCCGCGGACUUCAUCUGGCAGUUCUGACAUGGGAGCACCAUCUCUCAGUCCCUCCACUACCCACCUCUAUCAAGCAACUACUCCUCUUUAGUGACACCAUUCAUAUUUAGCAAUCUCCGGAUCAAACCACACCAGGCUCUGCAACAUGUCGCCGAAUAAGUACGAUGGCGAGGACGACUCGUACGAGAAAGAAAAAGCAGAGCAAGUGGAACAUGUUGACACGAUAGAUGCCGAGAAGGGAGGUCUCCAGGAGGUCUCCGAACUGAGUGGCAUUGAAGACACGGCGGCCUCAAAGGCUGCGUGGUUGAUUUCCGUAACUGUCUCAAUCGGUGGUCUUCUAUUCGGGUACGAUACUGGCUAUAUUUCCUCGGUACUCGUGACAAUUGGAACGUCCCUCGGUCAUACCUUGAGCUCCAGUGAGGAAGAACUCGUCACUUCAUUGACGAGCGGUGGUGCUUUGAUCGGUGCAGUCGGAGCUGGUUUGACUGCCGAUCGCUUUGGCCGCCGCUGGCCCAUCUGGGGGGCUUGCAUUCUCUUCGUUCUAGGAACAGUGCUUCAGACCUGUUCUUAUUCUGUGCCUCAGUUUGCGGUCGGUCGGUUCGUUGUGGGCCUUGGCGUCGGCAGUGCUGCCAUGGUUGUACCUCUGUAUAUCGGUGAAAUAGCACCUGCCAAAUAUCGUGGUCGCAUGGUGGCAUUCAACAACAUGAGCGUUACCUUCGGUCAGCUCCUGGCGAGCGCGAUCGGGGCUGGGUUUGCACAGGUGAAGGGAGAAGCAUGGCGAGCAACUGUUGGUAUUGGAGCUGUACCACCCCUUGUUCUUGCUGCGCUUCUCUUCCUGUGCCCCGAGUCGCCUCGUCAGCUGGUCUCUCACGGCGAUACCGCAAGCGCAGAUGCUGUCCUCCGACGCAUCUACCCGAGCUCCACGACGGAACAGCGCGAGGCCAAGAUCCGAUCGAUCGAACUGUCCGUUCAGGAAGCAACGCACGCGAUGUCCGAAGACACCAUCUGGGCGACGAUUAAACGUGUGUUCACUACCCCGUCUACCGGUCGUGCCGUCCUCACUGCAUGCGUGGUCAUGGCCAUCAGUCAACUGGGUGGGUUCAACACGUUAAUGUACUACGCAUCCAAGCUUUUCGCUAUUGUUGGAUUUAACAACCCUACGGCUGUCGGUAUUACCGUGUCAGGAACCAACUUUGUCUUUUCGGUCGUAAACCUCCUGGUUGUGGAUCGAUUUGGACGACGAAUUAUCUUGACCACGACCGUGCUUGGUAUGGCCAUCUGUAUGCUCGUCACCGCGGUCGCGUUUCACUAUAUUCCAGUCAACCUGCAAACACUGGAAGUGGAAAGCAAUAAUGUCGGCUGGCCAGGAACCGUGGUCCUGGUGACCAUCAUUUGCUACGUUGCCUGCUAUUCGUCUGGCGUUGCCACCAUUGCGUGGAUUGGAACUGAGCUGAUCCCACUUGAGGUCCGAGCUAUUGGAACGAUGAUGAACACGGUUACAUGCUGGAGCACCAACAUUAUCAUCUCCUCAACCUUCCUGUCCAUGAUGAAGGGUAUCACGCCAAGCGGAGCAUUUGGGUUCUACACUGGCAUCUGCUUCACUGGGUGGGUGUUUGUGGUGUUCUUUUUCCCAGAAUGCAAGGGCAUGCCUCUCGAGGCCAUUCGUGAAGUCUUCAGUGAUGGCUUUGGGGUGCGCUAUUCCAAGAAAUGGCAGAAGGAGCAUCGCGACGAGGCCAGAGCUGCCACGGUUACCUCCUUUGGGCAUUAAAAAGCCCUUCACAGAAAUAUGAUUUGAC